AUGGCUACACAAUUGAUUCCACUGCCUGAAGUGGAACGACUCAGUGCUUCUGUGGUGCGGAUUUUGGGGGGCAACCCUGGAAAGUUUACAUUACAAGGAACAAAUACAUAUCUGAUCGGUCGAGGACGCCAAAGGAUCCUCAUCGAUACGGGCGAAGGCAAACCCACCUGGGCAACAAGUCUUAGGAACGUCUUAUCAUCGGAGAACGCAACUGUGCAAAGAGCGCUUAUCACACAUUGGCACGUGGACCACGUUGGUGGCAUUCUUGAUCUCAAGCGUCUCUGUCCCCAAGUGAUUGUCCACAAGCGUGAACCUGAAGAAGGGGAAGCGGACAUCGAAGAUGGGCAGGUAUUUAGUGUUGAGGGUGCGACGCUGAGGGCCAGCUAUACGCCCGGUCACGCUUUUGACCACAUGGCGUUUGUUUUGGAGGAAGAGGAUGCGCUUAUUACUGGUGAUAAUGUCUUGGGAUAUGGGACGAGUGUCUUCGAAGACCUGAAAGCCUACAUAUCUAGCCUGCAGAGGAUGCACAGUCUAGCCUCCGGCCGCGGAUACCCCGGUCACGGGCCAGUGAUCGAAAAAGUGCAAAGUAAAGUCACUGAAUACCUAAGGCACCGUCAACAACGCGAGGAUGAGGUCGUCCGAGUCCUCCGAUAUGGCAAGCUUGACGUGGGCGAUGACGAGAAAUCUCCGGAGCGCAAGGGAUGGUGGACUCCACUAGAGUUGGUGAAGGUAAUCUAUAAGGGUGUACCUGAGAGUCUGCACCUGCCUGCGUCACAUGGAGUGUUGCAGGUGCUUAUGAAAUUGGAAGAUGAGGCUAGGACAGUUCACGACUCGGUAUCGGGGAAAUGGCGUUUAAUAGAUGGGAGGUCUGCUCUGUGA